UGCUACACCUGCAAGGCGCCCUUCACGACGCUCCACGCCUUCUACGCGAACCUCUGCCCGGCGUGCGCGGCGCUGAACUGGGGGAAGCGCGACGAGCGGUGCGACCUCGCGGGCCGCGGCGCGCUCGUCACGGGCGCGCGCGUGAAGAUCGGCUUCCGCGUGGCGCUGAAGCUGCUGCGCUGCGGCGCCAGGGUCGUCGCGACGACGCGCUACCCGGCGGACUGCGCGAGCCGCUUCAACGGCGAACGCGACGCGGACGAGUGGCGCGACCGCCUCGUCGUCGUCGGCUGCGACUUCCGGGACCUCCGCGCCGUCGAGGCGCUCUGCGCGGCCGUGCCGGCCAUGGUCGACUCGCUGGACAUCCUCGUGAACAACGCGUGCCAGACCGUGCGGCGGCCGCCCCAGUACUACGCGACGACGGUCGCGCGCGAGCUCAAGCUCCGGCGGCUCCUCGGGGGUCCGGCGCACGCGUUCCCCGCGCUCCUCGACGGGCCCGCGGAGGGCGGCGGCGACGUCGACGUGCCCGACGCGCCCCGGGACCUCGAGCGCAUGCGGACCUGGACCGCCGCGCGGGCCGACGCCGCGGCGAGCGACCCGGCGCUCGCUUCGAUGCUCUGCGUCGCGCCGGGCGACGACGUCCGCGACGACGCCGCGUUCCCCGCGGGGGCCACGGACGCGAACGGCGACCUCGGCCAGCAGCUCGACCUGCGAACGAAGAACUCGUGGAUGUUGAAGUUGGACGAGGUGUCGACGCCGGAGCUCGCGGAGGUCUUCGCGAUCAACGCGCUCGCGCCCUUCGUCAUCAACUCGAAGCUCGCGCCCUUCAUGCGUUUGUCCGCGGCCUCCGACCGGCCGGCCUUCGUCGUCAACGUGUCGGCCAUGGAGGGCAAGUUCUACCGCCACAAGCAGCCCACGCACCCGCACACGAACAUGGCCAAGGCCGCGCUGAACAUGAUGACGCGGACGGCCGCCGCGGACCUCGCCAAGGCCCACGUCUACAUGACGGCCGUGGACACGGGCUGGAUCAACGACGAGAAGCCCACGGCGCUCGCGGUCGACCACGCCAAGGCCCACGACUUCCAGACGCCCCUCGACGAGGUCGACGCCGCCGCGCGCAUCCUCGACCCGGCGAUCGCGCCCCUCCGGCGCCUCGAGGCCGGCGACCCGCUCGACGCGCCCUACGGCGUCUUCCUCAAGGACUACGCCGUCUGCGAGUGG